CGAUGAAAGUCUCGUGGAUUUUCACAGUGCUUAUUGCAGCACCUCUUUUGGCUAUUUUUAUACAAUUUUGGCUAUACGAUCGACUACCCUCACCUUCAGGAAGGUACACAGUAGGUACUACAGAUAUUCUUAUAUACAGACCAAGUGGAGCUUGGAAAUUUGUGAACUGCACCCAAGCCAAUGUUUGUGUCUUUGGAGGCGGUCCUUAUAUUGCACCUGAGAUAGAUAAGGGACUUCCAAUAGAUAUAUCUCCACCAAAGAAACUUAUGGUGCAAGUAUUUUAUCCAUCGAAAGAGAAAGAGCAAACAACUCAUUUCAUAACAAAAUGGUUGUCAGUGACACAAGAUAGCAAACGAGCUUCCAUCCUUCCAGAUGUUUCUUUUUUGAAAUGGUAUCAAAGAUAUCCACAUCCUUUGGUAAAGGCAACUGUCCAACUGUUUGGUGCUCGACCAGCCUAUGCGUUUUUGUUGUCCAUAGCCAGUUGGAUGAAAAGUCCGAUGUUGUCAGAUGUUCCUUUAGCCCACUCGACUGAACCUUGGCCUGUUGUAUUAUUUAGUCAUGGACUCUUUGCAAACAGAUUAAGUUAUUCAGUGCUAUGUGCGGAAAUGGCGUCUCAUGGAUAUAUCGUUGUCUCAGUGGAUCAUACCGAUGGUUCAGUUCCUUUAGUAUACUUUAAGGAUGGAGAUGUUCUCUUUUAUCGAAAGUUAACUCAAGAAGAACGUGAAACACCAGCAGUAUCCCAAACUAUACGUAUCUUGCAAGCUCAUCGUCGAGUUGUAGACCUUCAAGUAGCAUUAGCCUCAUUGAAAGUAUUAAACGAAGAAUCCAAAAAUCUCGUGAAUCUUCCAACUCAUCUUGACUUUAGAGGCAAAAUAAAUCUAAAGGAAGUGACAGUUAUGGGUCAUUCUUUUGGAGGCGCAACUAGCCUUAUUGCUUGCUAUUUAGAGAAGAGAUUCAGUAAGUGCUUAGCUCUCGAUCCAUGGAUGGAAGCAGUUCCAGAUGAAUUGAGCAAUAGCUUUUCUCAGUUGAAUGCGUCAGUUGUUUGCAUACAUACGGAAAAAUUUCAAACAGAGACUUCUUUGAAAAAAGUUGCAGUUAUUUUGAAGCAAAGUCAACAAAGUGGAUAUUUUGCAGCUCAUUGGAAACUGAAAGGCGCUUCACAUGAAGCUCAGGCUGACUAUUCAAUUUUGUUGCCUCAUCAUGUGCAGAGAAUAUUGAAUAUGAGCAUAAGUGAGAUGCCUCCCAAGUUGGUUCAUGAGUUGGAUAAUCAAAUCGCUCUCCAAUUUCUAAAGGAUCCUCAAAGUCUAAAUGGAAUGAUAGAGAAUCAGUCCUUGAGUCGUUAUGUACAAGCAUUACCAUUCUAAAGGAAUACUUGUUGUGCUUCUUUUUUUUU